ACAGGCGGAAGUGAGUGAGCAGCUAACUCCAUGCUAGUCCCAAACAGCUGAUUAGCAUUAAGGCUAUGAGGCCAGCAGGGUCUCUGCCUGUCUGGUGUACGCAAACGUCAACAUCAGAGCUGAAGUUAAACGAUGCGAUGAGAUUAAUGAAUCUGGAAAUAAUCCCGUUUAAGGGCUGUGAGAGAUACUAACCAGCGUGCUAACAACUAGUUAGCCCUGUUAGCUCCGCUCACAAUAAUAAUAACAGCGGCUGUAUUCCGGCACAGUCGCGUCGCUUUAAACGCCAAAAAACUUUAAAAAUUAAACAAUCCAAAUGGAAACAAACCCGCCGAAAAGACGAGACAACAAGAAGUCUCUUCGGGUGAAGGUGAUUAGCCUCGGAAACGCCGAGGUCGGAAAGAGCUGCAUCAUCAAACGUUACUGCGAAAAGAGGUUUGUUCCAAAGUAUCUGGCAACCAUCGGCAUCGACUAUGGCGUCACCAAAGUUCAGGUUCGAGACAGAGAAAUCAAGGUGAACAUCUUCGAUAUGGCCGGCCACCCGUUCUUCUAUGAAGUGCGUAACGAGUUCUAUAAAGACAGCCAGGGCGUGCUGCUCGUGUACGACGUCGGCCUGAGGGAGAGCUUCGACGCCCUCGACAGCUGGCUCGGCGAGAUGAAACAAGAAAUGGGCUCUCAGGCCAACAUGGACAGCAUCGUGUUCGUCGUCUGCGCCAACAAGGUGGACCUGACGAAGCGGCGGGUGGUGGAUGAGGGCGAGGGGCGCCUGUGGGCGGAGUCCAGAGGCUUUCAUUACUUUGAGACAUCAGCACAGAGCGGCGAGGGCAUCAACGAGAUGUUUCAGGCGUUCUUCUCCUCCAUCACUGACAUGUGCGAGAACGGCGGGAAGCGCCCGGUGUCGGAGGUCAGCGUCGGCUUCACCAAAGAGCAGGCCGACACCAUCCGACGCAUCCGCAACAGCAAAGACUCGUGGGAUAUGUUGGGAGUCAAACCCGGGGCCACGCGGGAGGAGGUGAACAAGGCGUACAGGAAGUUGGCUGUCCUGCUGCACCCAGACAAAUGUGUUGCCCCCGGCAGUGAAGAUGCAUUCAAGGCGGUGGUGAAUGCCCGCACCUCACUGCUAAAGAACAUUAAAUAACACACACACACACACACACACACACACACACACACAGAAACAACUGGACCUGCUGUCACUCAGGCACGAACUGAUGACGAACUUCAUUUAUUUAUUUAUUUAUUUCUGUAUUUAUUCAGCAUAUGUGUCAUGUGUGCCAUGUUGCUUGCCACAGUGCGGUAUGCCAACAUAAAACCAGUUUUAACUUGUAUGACAUUUUAAACACUACACUGGAGAGAGUAUGGAAGACGAUGAGUGCCACACAAAUGAAGAAGAUACAGAAUGGAAAAUAGGGAAACCUUAUUCUGUCUUCAUAACUCUGUGAAAAACAUUUCAAAAUUAAAUGAUUUCAAAUUUUUACUUUUUACAGGUACUUAUCCUGUGUGUGUCCACUUGAAGCUGUCAAAAACAAAUUAAAGGCAUAAUCACUAAAACUGCAUGCUGAAUAUUUAAAAAAAAGAACUUUAAAUUUUAAUGUAGCAAAAACCUGCCAAGUCCUCCUCAUCAAAAACGAAUCUGAAACCAAAAUGGGUUGAACUUGUAGACACGGUGGAGUUAAACUACCAGCUUUGCUUUCUUUGUGACUAGAAAUAAACCCAUCAAAAUGAACCAAUCGGCUGUUGUUCUCUGUAAUGAUGUGGUUAGUUUAAUGUACUUGUUUUGGACAAAUCAGAAUACUUUAUUAAUCCCUAAGGAAAUUAUGUGAAACUCCUUCAAAUUAGUUAUGUUCAUGUCAGUGUCAAUUAGGUCACUCACACAUGCUACCCAAUUUAAAUUAAUUUAUUCCUUAAGUUGCUGCUUUGUUCCCUAAAUUGUUUAUAUGGAGCUCCUCACAUUUGUUCCCUGAAAAAAAAGCAUAUCUCUACUCUCACACUACUAAUUUCCUCCAUUAAAAUCACUCACCCCAAGUAGCUAACUUGUUCCCUUAACUAGUUAAUUUAUCCCUUUUCCCGGUUGAUUAUUGGCCUAAAAGUUUAGUUUGUGCCCAAACUAUUAAUUUUAGUUUUUUGUACAUUGUUCGUUUUAUUGACUUUCUCCAUGAUUUCUAUAAUUUGUAUAUAUUUGUUCCCUCUGAAAGCGUUCCCUGAAGUUACUGUGGAAAAAGUGAAAAUGCUAAUGCAUGCCCUUAUAUCACUUUUUUCUCCAAACUGCCAACCUAUUCUUUUAACUCAUUGAAUAGUUCCCUAGAUGUAUUUUUAAGUCUUGUUCCUUUAAAAUCAAUGGAAUCACUUAUGCAUGUUUAUAUUUUCUUGGUUUGUUGCCUCAGUUCAUUUAUUUUUUUCCCUGAAACUGCCAAACUGUUUUCUUAUACUGAAUAUUGGUUCCCUAAUGUUAUUUAUUGUUACUUUUACUCUAAGUAAGCUAUUACCUAAAAAAUAUAUUUAAAAAAGGAAAAACUGAUUUAUUUCUUUGGCAGUUGAUAGAAAUUACACAUUUUGUUAAGAUUCUAAAUUACUUAAUUGGUUUUCUUAUUAAAUUAUUUUCACUUUAAGAAAAAUGAACAAAAUAUUUCUUGAAGAAAAACAAAUUAAAAAAAUUCAACAUGGCCAUCUCAUCACCACAUUUUAAUGUGUGAUUCGUCUUCCAUGAGAUGAGAGUCAUAGUUGAUGUUUACAUGAUGGUAGUGAACACGAUUGGUUGUUCGAGCUAAAAGAGAGACUUGUGCCCGUUUACUGACUUUGUAUCACACAAAAUGUCCUGUUAAAGCUGAAAAGCGUUUCAUAUUGUAAAGAACUCAUAGGCAGCAUGAAUAUGUUAUCAUAGUUUUAUAUUUUUACGUAUGCGUAACCACAGGAAUUAACUUAAAAAAAUCCAGAAUGAGGUUCCACUUGUUGCUUUAAUGUGAUUUUUAUUGUUAUGCUUUAAAGUUCAAGUCAAUUGAUCUUGAUUAAAAAAUAUUACAAAAGUGGCUUUUCAUCAACAUUUUACAUCAGCCCUGUUAAUACUCAACUAUAUUAAUCUCUGUGGAUGUGAGUAUAUUUAAUAUUUUCAGAAUACUAAAUUGUAAAGCAACUCUAAUUCAGUUUGUAAUGACGUAUAAGUGAGAACAUUGAAAACCAACCCAGUUAACUGAGAAAAGUAAAAAAAAGAGAGUAGUGAGAAAAGUUAAUAUUAAAUUAUAUAAAAAUAUUACAAAAUAAGACUAUUUUCAAACAGAAAAUCUCUAAUGUUUUAUGCAUUUUAUAUAAUGAAAAUUUCUUAAAGGGAUAUCAAAGAAAAAAAUAUUGUAACGCAUUAAAAAUGCUCUUUAAUUUAAAAAAAAGAUAAAUCCCCCAAAUUGAAAUCUGUUAUGCAAACAAAGGAUUUUGAUGAAAAAAGUAUAAAGUCAAUUUAACUUACAUUAGAAAAAAUAUAUUAGUGCAUAAUAUGAAAGUAAAGUAUGAGGUUAAAAAAUAAAAAUCACACUAAACGUGAAAGUGGAAGAGGAGUUUAAUGAGCGUUGGCCAAUCAAUCAUUUUAUUUCAACCAAUUUUCUGUCUGUGUAGUUUAUUAUAAUCACAUGAUUUAUGUUACAAACAAACUGAGCUAACUCAUAAUGUGACUAUGUGUUUGAUGAAUGUGUGAUAUGGCACAGUUUGAACUCUGUACCUCAUGGCUCAAACAUAUUGACUUCCUGUUGCCUGAUGUUUAAUUUAUACUUGUGCUCUGAAUCUAUGUAGAGCCUACGACAUAGAUUUAACACAGAAGUACAAAUUUCCCCUUAGUUUGUGCAGUCAUCAGUCACAUGAUGACGUGCGAAUGCUGGAGUGAGUGUAUGUUACAGUUACAGACUAAUUGUUGUUCUGCUAGAUUGUUUUUAAGUAAUAAAAAGUCACAAAAAUGAA